AUACUAAUAAAAGGAAGUAAUAAACGGCAGCUAGCUUUACAGUAUUCCAUGUGUACAUUUGCAGUCGUCGUUUGACGUAAUUAUAAUAAUCACUGAUCUAAAAAUGGGCAAAAUUGGGUGCAAACGAUGGCGUUUUCAUAACUCAGCAGUUAAGUCGGACAGUAAUCCUGCAGACACAAAUUCUGAAACAGAAAAGGCUGAUGCAGGACCAGUUAUCAUGGAGAGCAACAUCUUUGCUGGUUUGAAUGCAAAUGUAUUUGAUGCAGUUAUCAAAAAUUCCAACAAAUCUUUUAAAAAUUCAAAAAACCAAUCACAGAAAACCAAAAAACAGAAGUUCCAGGAACGAAAGGAAUACUGGCAGAAUCAAAUAAAUUCCAUCUGUACCCAGAAAUUAAAAGCUAAAGAAAUGCUGCUGAAGAAAAUUCAGCGUAAACAAAUGAAGAACACACCAGUUGUGGGUGAUUUGACUGAUAUGAAAGAGAGCCUGCCCACUUUUACGGCACAGAAGGAAACAGCUAAAGAAAAACCAUUGCCAUAUAAACCACCUGUGAAGUUGAAGUCCCGUCAAAAGGAAAUGUUGGAAAACAUUAACAUCUUCAAGCAAGUGUUGAGUCAUCCAAUAUUUAAACAAAAUCCAGGUUCUGCUAUUACUGAACACCUACAGAAUAAAGUGGAACACAUGAACAGCUUGAGUGAUGAUGGUCUUCGUUAUGUGAAGAGGUUGAUAAAAUUUAUUGAACACAAAGGUAUAACCUGCAUAGGAAUCUACAGAAUAUGUGGUGUACAAUCGGAAAUCAAUGAAAUCAUGAACAUAUUUUCACGUGAUGAUUGUGCCAAAAUUCCUGACGAUAUUACAGCAUACAGCAUAGCAGUAGCAUUGAAGACAUAUUUCAGGAAUCUAUCUGAACCACUUUUGACAUCAGAAUUCUACUGGCCUUUGAUGAAUAUCUCAAAGCAAAAAAAUGAACAGAGGCUGUAUUCAUUAAUAAGAACUAUACCACAAAUUAACAUUUGCUUCCUACGCAGUAUUUUAAAACACUUAUACAAUGUAUCAGAAUGUCCAGAAAACGUAAUGUCAUCAUAUUCUUUGGCUGUCUGCUGGUCACCAGUUCUUUUGUGGAAUGAUCAGACCAGUAUAGAUCAAGCUGUCUUGGUACCAUGGAUUAUACAGACUUUAAUUGAGAACUAUCAUAAUAUUUCGUGAAAGGUACUAAACAAUUUCAAUGAACCACAAAAUACUCAAAUGAUUCUUCAACACCACUCAAUGAUUUUAUUGUUUUAUACUUUUUGUUUUUUCUUUCUUUUUUCGUAUUUUCUUUGGCUGAUCUCAUUCAGUUUUAGCUAUUGUUAUUUACAUUGUUUAAUUUAUGUCUUAAUUUAUGUAUACAUUAUAUAUGUAUACACGCACAUAUUUCAUCUUUUUUUUUUUUUUUGAAGGAAAUUCAAAUGAGGAAUUAAAAUUUUAACUUGUUUUAAUUGUCAUAGUUUUUUUACCCAUUGAUAGGCGAGAGAUUGUGGUGGUGGCGAUGUCUAUAGCCCCAGGCCAUCACAAAUCAUGCAGACCACUUAUGAUCACAAACAUUCCAGCUGUUACCAUGUUUUGAAAUUGUUUUUUUUAUUCCACAGACAAAGUAUAUCUAAGACCUUGUCAUUUGCAUGGCAUCUUGUGAUAUACACAAGAGGGGUGACUGCAUUUAUAUGUGCAUAUUGUUAUGUGGUCACUGGUCAACCCUAACUGAACAACCUUUAAUCAAAAGCAUUCUAACCAUCACCAUCUUGUUACUUUUAUGGGAUCUAAUGGGUAUCAUCAUCAUCAUUUUAACAUCCAUUUUUCCAUGCAUCAGAUGAACUUUGUUGAGGAAGAUUUUCUAUGACCAAAGAAUGCCCUUUCUGUCACCAACCUUUACCUGUUUCCAAAUAAAGUAAUUCCUUUCGCAUAACCUAACAUGUUUUCACAGAAGUUCAAAAACAAAGGACACUGCUAGCAUGACAAUGAUACGUUUGCAACGACCAUGCCCCUAUCAGUAACUUCUGUGGUCUUCCGAAAAUCCACAAAUCUAAAGAAAUCAAGGACUGUUUUAAAGUCUGCCUGAACCCUGUGUAUUUUCAUGGAAUGAACGUCACAUUUGCUUUCCAAAGUGAAAUAUCCUGCUUGUAACUUUCAAUCUAUCCUGCAUACCUGUUAUAUAAUUUCAACAUCUGCCUGAACCCUGUGUAUUUUCAUGGAAUGAAUGUCACAUUUGCUUUCCAGAGUGAAAUAUCCUGCAUUAAAAUUGAUUUAAUCUU